AUGGAUUGCAGCAUAUUGGCAGAAGAUGGGACCCCUGAAUUAGAAAUGAAGUUCAACAAUGAAAAGAAUGCGUGCAAGUUUUGCAAAAAAUAUGCCUUUAAAAUGGAUUUUAGUGUAUGCAAAGACUAUCUAAAUAAAGACAAAGACGGCGUGACGACAUUUAGAAGAUAUAGUUGCUGCAAGGAAGGUGUGAAGCGCAAGUACGAAGGUGAUGUGAUGCCAAAGAGGACACGAACGCCGACGAAAAUAGAGUGCAGAGCUAAAAUGGUUAGCGUGUUACUUAAAGGGACAAUAAAGUACCGUGUGCAUGACCUUGUCUUAAAGCAUAAUCAUGAGUUGCACAUUGCUCAAUAUUCGCACAUGAUGCCAUUACAAAGAAAAGUGAGCGAGUCUCAAAGAUUCCAAGCUGAAAUAAGCGAGGAUACUGGGUUUUCAUUGAAACAAAGCCAUGAGUUUAUGGGAAAGGAGGCAGGUGGGAAGGGUAAUGUGGGAUAUACUCAAGAUGAUUUUAAACGAUAUUUUCGAACGAGACGGGAAAUGAACUUGAAAUAUGGAGAAGCAGGUAGCAUGCUGAAUUAUUUUCAAGAGUAA